AUGAAUCAGGCGAUGAAGGAGGGAAACAUUCAGCCGAUACAGAAGGAGUGGAUCCAGCCUGCAGGAGGUCACAAUGAUCUCCUGCAUGACAGCGACGCGUGCACUGUGACCCGAUGCUACGUUGAGAUCCCGGCCAAGGGGAGGCAGAGCGUUGCGCUGAAGAGAAUCAAGAUAAGUAACUACGCUGCCUUCAACAGGUUUGAGCGUGAGAGGGACUGCCUCUCGUCCUUCUCCCAUCCCAACAUCGUGAAGCCCUUGGGGAUCCUCGAGACCGCUCCCGAGUACGGUCUGCUCCUCCCCCUGUCCUCCCAUGGCAGCCUGGCUGAGCUGCUGCACUCGGGAGGAAGCAGGCCCCUAGGGUUUGCGCUCGCCAUCGGGUUCUCACACGACAUGUGCUCGGCCCUGGAGUACCUUCACGACGCCAUGAGCUUCUUCCACAGGGACGUCAAGCCGGCCAAUGCGAUCCUGAUGGACACGGGUCACGUGCAGCUCAUUGACUUCGACCGAUCUUGCCACAUGAGCACCAAGGUGGAGGAGGAAAGGAGGAGAGGGCCGUCCGGGGGCUGGCACAAGGACUACAUGGUCGGUACCCUGGUGUACAUGGCGCCAGAGCUGCUUCGGAAGAGGCCGUUCGAGAAGGCGUCGGACGUGUACUCGAUGACUAUCACGAUGAACGAGCUUGUAACGGGAUGUAUCCCUUACUCUGACGUGCGGACUACGACGGAGCAGCUGCACACUGUGCUGGAGGCGAACUAUACGGAGAUCACCCUCACGGCUGCGAUAGUGAGCGAGCACUUAAGGCCCAAGUUGCCCGAGGAGGGGGACGGACCAUGGGUCUCCCAGUUCUGUGAGAUCGUGGCGGCCGGAUGGCAAGACAACACUUCCAAGCGCCCAGAGGUUGCAAGCUUGAGGGAAAGGUUGGAGGAGCUCGGCCGAGCUGCUGGCUUGGACCCGACCGACAUGUCGGAGAGGAUACGGAGGAUGGCAGAGUUGCGUCCGCCAGAGUGCAGGACGGAAGUUGAGAAGGAGCCGAGCAUGUCGACGUCGGCGAUUGAAGUCCUACAAGGGAAGUCACCCUACAUCCCCCACUACGAUGCCAACGUGACGGUCCACCUUGUCCCCCAACUGCCGCCCUCGGCUUUUGUCUGGGGAGGAGGAAGCUCUUCGUGCGGCAGGAGAGGUCAUGACAAGAUGGAGGACGCGCACUUUGUGCAUCAGUCCAUCGCCAUGGAGGUCGAGGCCGGGGCCCUGCAUCUGUUCGGCGUGUUCGAUGGCCAUGGCGGACCGGAAGCUGCUUCCUACUGCAAGAAGGCCUUCCCCUACGAAGUUGUCGCAGCCAUGAAGGAAAACCCCAAGAACCUGGAGGAAGCGAUGAAGACUGCCUUUCAGCGCGUGGAGGCUUCUUUCCUCUCGUGGGCGCAGGCUGCCGACAACGAUUCAGGGUGCACAGCUAUGGUGGUGGCCAUCAUGCAAGGGCCCGGAGACAAGGACGGGACGGCAGGUCUUGACAUGCUGGUGGCAAAUGCAGGAGAUUGUCGGGCCGUGCUUGCUCGUGGGGAACAGGUGCUGCAGCUUUCGAGGGACCACAACGCGUCCAACGAGGAGGAGGAGAAGAGAGUUGUGGCGGAAGGAGGGACAGUGGUUGAGACGGCGGACAAGAAGGUAGCGCAGACAGUGAAGCAUGUCGACUUCGGCCCCAAGCGACUGAUCUCAGAGGCGUAUGAGGCUGGCAGCGACGACAACAUCACUGCCAUUGUCGUGUACCUGAAGAAGCCGGAGUAG